GCCACCAUGCUUCAGACUAGCAACUACUCCCUGGUGCUGUUGAUUCAACUGAGCCUGCUGGCCUAUGACCUCUUCGUCAACUCCUUCAGCGAACUCCUUCGUGGAGCGCCUGUCAAUCAGCUGGUGCUCUUCACCAUUCAGGAUAUUGCCAUCCUGUUCAACGUGAUCAUCGUUCUCCUGCUGAUGUUCAACACCUACGUGUUCCAGGUUGGCCUGGUCUCCCUGCUGCUGCAGCGCUUCAGGGCUCUGCUGGGGGUCUCCGCCCUCUACCUGACUCUCAGCAUCUGCCUCCACUGCUGGCUCAUGACCCUUCGAUGGAUCGACUCAAACAGUUUUGUUUGGACCAACGGCCUUCAAGCGCUGUUUGUUUUCCAGAGGACAGCUGCUGUGCUGUAUUAUUACCUCUACAAGCGUACAGCAGAGUUCCUGGGAGACCCCAGACUCUAUGAAGACUCUACGUGGCUGCGUGAGGCCUUCGCUAAAUCCCGUCAGUGAAGGAAGCGUUCUGCCCUAUAGUUGCCUUGAGACAUGUUUACAGUGCACAUGUUUGAUGCCAUUUUUUAUUUCAGAUUUUCUAUUUUUGUGUUAGCCAAAUAAACGUUUUAGU